AUGGUCAAGCAAGUUGCUGGUUCCAAAGUCCUUCUUCUGGGCUCAGGCUUUGUCACCAAGCCCACUGUCGAGGUUCUCAGCAAAGCGGACGUCGAGGUCACUGUCGCCUGCCGAACCCUCGAGAGUGCUCAGAAGCUUUGCGAAGGAUUCAAGAACACCAAGGCCAUCUCUCUCGAUGUCAACGAUGACAAGGCUCUCGACGAGGCCCUGAGCAAGGUCGACCUGGUCAUUUCUCUCAUCCCCUACACUUUCCACGCCCAGGUCAUCAAGUCUGCCAUCCGCACCAAGAAGCAUGUUGUCACCACCUCCUACGUCUCACCGGCCAUGGAGGAGCUCGACCAGCAGUGCAAGGACGCUGGCAUCACCGUCAUGAACGAGAUUGGUCUGGACCCGGGUAUCGACCACCUUUACGCUGUCAAGACCAUCCAUGAGGUUCACUCUGAGGGUGGUAAGAUUACCGACUUCCUCUCCUACUGCGGUGGUCUCCCCGCCCCCGAGUGCUCCGACAACCCUCUGGGCUACAAGUUCUCCUGGUCCAGCCGUGGUGUCCUCCUUGCCCUUCGCAACGCUGCCAAGCUCUACAAGGACGGUCAGGAGAUCAGCAUUGCGGGCCCUGAGCUCAUGGCCGCUGCUAAGCCCUACUACAUCUACCCCGGCUUCGCCUUCGUCGCCUACCCCAACCGUGACUCCACUCCCUUCCGUGAGCGCUACAACAUCCCCGAGGCCCAGACCCUCGUCCGCGGUACUCUCCGCUACCAGGGCUUCCCCGAGUUCAUCAAGGUUCUCGUCGACAUCGGCUUCCUGAACGACGAGGCUCAGACCUACCUCAGCACCCCCAUCGCCUGGAAGGAGGCCACCCAGAAGAUCCUCGGCGCGACCUCCUCCUCCGCCAAGGAUCUCGAGUGGGCCAUCUCUUCCAAGACCGCCUUCCCCAACAACGACGAGCGUGACCGCAUCAUCUCCGGUCUUCGCUGGAUCGGUAUCUUCUCCGACGAGAAGAUCACUCCCCGCGGCAACCCGCUCGACACCCUCUGUGCCACCCUUGAGCAGAAGAUGCAGUACGCCCCCGAGGAGCGCGACCUCGUCAUGCUCCAGCACAAGUUCGGCAUUGAGCACAAGGACGGCUCCAAGGAGGUCCGCACCAGCACGCUCUGCGAGUACGGUGUUCCCGGCGGUUACUCUGCCAUGGCUAAGCUCGUCGGUGUUCCCUGUGGUGUUGCUGUGAAGCUGGUCCUUGAUGGCACCAUCAACAAGACCGGUGUCUUGGCUCCCAUGACCUGGGACAUCUGCGAGCCCAUCCAGAAGAUCCUCAAGGAGGAGUACGGCAUUGAGAUGAUCGAGAAGACUCUCUAA